AUGGCGAUGCUUCAAGGCAGGGCAGCACUCGGCUUUCUGGCGAUCGCACCCAGUCCGCUCCAAUGCCGCGAGGCUGUAUCGCUGCUGUGCACCUGCCGUGGGGUCAACGAUGAUGCGCUGAAGCUUUCUGCUCUUUGGAGAUGGUAUUGCAUGUCUGCCGUACGGUGCGAUGCAGUGGAUGCUUCGCCGGGAAACUUGCAGCUGUGGAAGCAGCUGGCGAUAUUGCUUCAAGGUGUAUCACAGGCGCGACAUGUCAGCACAUCGAUGCCUUGCCGCUGGGUCCUUGAUGGUCCGGCGGAUCUGUCUUGUGCUGUGAAGGCACUGCAGGAUGCACGCCUCGUGACGCAUGCAUGUUUGCCAUACGAGCUGUUUUUAGCGACCAUAUCUGGAGGGGGAGGUGCAGAUCACCUGCAGCGUCUCCGGACCAGAUGGGACACAGAAGGCCACAGGUCCAACAGCGCUACGUGCUUCGUAGGAGAAGGCUUUGCAGACAUAGGAAGCUUCAAGAAGGCAGGCUCCUGUCUGCAUACCAGAGAAGGCCGCAUCGACGUCCAGCUCCUCUUCGAGAUGCAGCGCUUCAAAGGCGAGGAAUCCAGGGGAGUCUGUUUGGCUGCCUGGCCGCUCUCUGAGCAGAUCGGGUGUUGCUGGGAUGGCACAGAGACGACUCCGCCUCUGCUUUGCGUCAGCGCAACCGAUGGCAUUGACCUUUUCAGCACCGAUGUCUUCCGAUUCGAGGGCAAACCGGGUGCAUCGCGCCGUGGGACAGUGGCCUACUCCGUAGAUGAGCUUGACCUUCGCCGCGAGCUUGAGAGGGAUCAAAACGGCGGGGCUCCCGAUGAAGGAGCUGGGUCUGUGACAGCGCACGCCCCUCUGCUGGAGGGGUCCGUGAAUGAUGAGUUUGUGGUUGAGCCACAUGCAGCAUCUCUUGAUGAGAUCACGUCUGAGGCCUCUGAGCGUGACUAUGCCAAGGAUGUGCUGACCAUGGCAAAUGCCUUUCGGCGCUUCGAUGCAGGGCUCCCAGUCAACCUGCUCUUCGCCCUGUAUGGUGAAAGUCGCACCUUGCUCUCGCCGCGGAGUUUGGGAGGCGUCGAAGGCUCGGAAAGUGAGCUUUUCGACGAUGACAGUGUGACCUCUGGGCCACUGAUGAUGGGAGCCGCGUGA